UAUCCUCGACCUCGAGCCCGACCGGCAGAGCGCAAAAGGAAUACGCGAGUGCAGCGCAAAAGAUGGCGACGAUGUCCCUCGCCGCGGCCUCGCCCCUCGCCUCCACUCCGCGCGGGCUCUCCGUCUCCGCGCCCCGCACGGCCUUCCCGGGCCUCCGCAUCGGAGGUGCGUCGCUGACGCGGUUCUCCGGACUGGCGGCGGGGGCGGGGGCGCCGCUGCUGCCAGCGGGGAGGGGCGACGCGGCCGUGGUCAGGAUGGCGAAGAGGGAGCAGGAGCUGGAGGAGAUACGGGCCAUGCCGACGGAGAAGAUCGAGGAGGAAGUGGUUGACCUCAAGGGGGAGCUCUUCAUGCUCCGCCUCAAGCGCUCCGCGCGCCAGGAGUUCAAAUCCAGCGAGUUCGGCCGCAUGCGCAAGAGGAUUGCUCGUAUGCUGACUGUCAAAAGAGAGCGGGAGAUUGAACAAGGAAUCAAUAAGAGAUUGUCCAGGAAGCUUGACAGGAAAUGGAAACAAAGCAUCGUGGUUAGACCACCACCAUCUCUAAGGGAGAAUAAGGAGGAAUAGAAGCAGCAAAAGCAGAUAAUCUGCAGAAGUCAUUUCAUGCAUGUCCCGAAGGAAGUUUUCUUUCUCCCUGUGGUUUCAUCCUUAUAAUGGUUUGAUAUGUAUAAUUCACAUUAACCAAUUUCCAAGCCCUUGAUGUCAAAACCAAGAUUUCUAUGACCAAUUCCAUUUUUGUAUAUUUCAAUUUAUUCGAAAUUUCUGCUC